GCAUAGUGAGCCUGAGUCUCGUCCUGCCUCACCUGUUCGCGCUGUUCGCACUAGUCGUCGUGUUCCUCGUCCUCGUCCUCCUCCUGUCCCAGGCACACACGUUAUGGCACUUCGUCCUUCCUCUGUGCCACUGCGAGCACACCUGCGGCCUCCUCCUGCGUCCUCUCUUCCUGCCGUUCCUGACCCUGAUUCCUACCUAGCUCGUGCUGCUAGUCCCCCUCUUGUUGACUUUGCUGCCACUUGUCGAUUCGACUACGCCAUUGCUCUUGUUGCUGAGUCUAAGUCCGCCUAUCCUCCAUCCGUCGGGGGUGAGUGUGCUCUUGGCACGGACGUCCUUGAGGACAGGCAGGAGUAUUUUGAGUGUCUUGCAGCAGCUGUACCUCAUCUCGUGGCCAUGCUGCUUGCCCCUGAGGGAGACCCGGAUGCACCAGACAUCCUGACCCCGCGCUCUUACGCAGAGGCGAUUACGGGUCCCUGCUCCUCUCACAGGAAGACAGCCAUGGACGCAGAGAUGGCAUCCUGGAAUUCCACAGGCACCUACGUCAACGAGGUUCCCCCUUCUUGGGCAAACAUAUUCGAUGGCAUGUGGAUUUUCAGGGUGAAGCGGCCGCCGGGUUCUCCGCCUGCCUUCAAGGCUCGUUACGUUGCACGAGGCUUCAGUCAGCGACAGGGAGUUAACUUCUUCCAUACCUUCUCCCCUACCCCGAAGAUGACCACUCUUCGGGUGUUGCUGCACGUCGCAGCUCAGCGUGACUACGAGCUUCACUCUCUUGACUUCAGCACAGCUUUCUUGCAGGGCAACCUGCACGAGGAGAUCUGGCUGCGCCGCCCACCUGGCUUCACUGGGUCGUUUCUUGCAAGUACCCAGUGGAGCCUCCGGCGGCCAGUCUACGGUCUCCGUCAGGCGCCUCGCGAGUGGCACGACACACUGAGGACGACACUUGCGGCUCUUGGGUUCGCUCCUUCGACUCCUGACCCGUCGCUGUUUCUACGAACCGACACUUCGCUGCCGCCGUUCUACGUCCUCGUGUACGUCGACGACUUGGUCUUUCCCACUGCUUACACUGAGGCACUGGCCCUUGUGAAGUCGGAGCUGCAGAAGAGACACACCUGCACUGACCUGGGUGAGCUGCGCAGCUAUCUUGGCUUGCAGAUCACCCAGGACAGAGCACGGCGCACCAUCACCCUGACUCAGUCACACAUAGUGCACCAAAUCCUUUAA